AUGAGUGAUAGCAGUGAUUCGGUAAAAACCGCGGGAUCAACGGCAAAGUCAGAAAAAGUGACCAUGCGGCGCGCUCAACGUGUGCGCGUCCCUACAGAAGACGAACGUGAUAAAAUGGCGGACGCACGUAAAAUUAACAUAAAGGUGCCUCCAUUUUCUCCAGACGACCCGGAGAUUUGGUUUGCACUACUAGAAAGCCAAUUUGAGAACUCAAAUAUAACUGACGACGCUACAAAAUUUACCAAUGUAAUAAUAAAUUUAGAUAUUAUAUACGCUAAAGCGGAAAUCACAGCACCCUGUAACGUAGCCGUCGCGUCUUCCAGCGUUGCAGUGGCUCAACCUGCCAAUGAAAUCGCUGAGCUGAAGAAGAUGGUGGAGCGUCUCGCGUUAAAGCUAGAUGAGCACACGAGCUCUAACCGAAGGUGCAGCAACAGAUCCAGACCACAACGACGUCGAUCGACCUCACGUCAGCGUACACGGUCUAACUCCAACUAUCGGAAGUAUCCUAUAUGCUGGUACCACUCAAAAUAUGGGGCAAAUGCUCGAUGGUGUAUUAAGCCUUGCGACUAUCAGCCGGCGGCAAACUACGCGGGCAAUCGCUAA